AUGUACCAGGAGGUGGCCUUCCUAGCGGGCAGCACGGAAAAAGAGUUCACGCCCUUUCACUUCCCCCUGGAGAACCAGCAGGAGGUGGUCACUAAGAAGGGUGUGUUCUUUAAACGGCAGCGACUGCUGCGGAGGCCCAAUGAGACGCAGGAGGAGAACGACCUGUCAGCCGUUAUCAAUGUAGGCGGGAUCAGGUACCGUAUCCCCUGGUCCGUUCUGGAGGAGUUCCCUCUGACGCGGCUGGGCCGGCUGAGGAGCUGCAGCUCAUUGGACGAGAUCAUGGAGGUGUGUGACGACUACGACGACGGGUGCCAGGAGUUCUUCUUCGACCGCAGCCCAUCUGCGUUCCGCACCAUUGUGACGUUCCUGGCGGCAGGACGGCUCCGACUGCUGAGGGAGAUGUGUGCCCUGUCCUUCCAGGAGGAGCUUGUCUACUGGGGCCUGGAGGACACCAGGUUGGAGUGGUGCUGCCUCAGGAAGCUACGCAUAAGACAGGAGGAGCUCAAGGAGCAGCUUAGGAUGGAGGAGGAGGAAGCAGAGCUCACCACCACCCUGACCCCCCAGAGCUGUGAGGAUGGGCUUGGGCCCCCCGGGGCGGGGGGGGAGGAGGAGGAGGAGGAGAGCCGUAUGGCGGGGUGUAUGCGCAGUCUCCACGACAUGGUGGAGAACCCUCAAUCUGGACUUCCUGGGAAGAUCUUUGCCUUUCUGUCGGUGGUGUUUGUGGCCAUCACCGCGGUAACACUCUGCAUCAGUACCAUGCCUGACCUCAGGGAGGAGGAGGAGAGGGGUGAGUGUUCUCAGAGGUGCUACAAUAUCUUUGUCCUGGAGACGGUGUGUGUGGCCUGGUUCUCUCUGGAGUUCCUGCUGCGCUUCAUCCAGACGCCGAGCAAGUGUGUGUUCCUGAAGACGCCCCUCAACAUCAUCGACGUGGUGGCCAUCCUGCCCUACUACAUUACCCUGAUCGUAGACUCUCUGUCUGAGGGAGGGGAGAAGCCCAGCGGCGGGAACAACUACCUGGAGAAGGUGGGCCUGGUGCUGCGGGUACUCCGGGCCCUGAGGAUCUUCUACGUGAUGCGUCUGGCGCGCCACUCCCUGGGGCUGCAGACCUUAGGCCUGACGGUCCGACGCUGCACCCGUGAGUUUGGCCUGCUCCUCCUCUUCCUGUGUGUUGCCAUGGCACUUUUCUCCCCUCUGGUGUUCCUGGCGGAGAGCGAGAUGGGCGCCAAGUAUGACUUCACCAGCAUCCCUGGCACCUACUGGUGGGCGGUGAUCUCCAUGACAACGGUGGGGUACGGGGAUAUGGUGCCGCGGAGCAUCCCGGGUCAGGUGGUGGCACUCAGUAGCAUCCUCAGUGGGAUCCUCCUGAUGGCGUUCCCCGUCACCUCCAUCUUCCACACAUUCUCUCGGUCCUACCUGGAGCUGAAGGAGGAGCAGAACAGAACGCUGAGACAGAAACCAGACUUCCAGGACUCCACCAAGUCUCAGAACAGCGAGGACUCGGCCGAGACCGACAGUUAUCAUGGCAUCACUGAGGCCGCCGCCUCCGCAUUACGCAAGAAGUCCAUCGCCAUUGCGUCACAGAGGAGGGCCAUGCAGACUCAAGACUGAGUGUGUGUGUGUGUGCAAUGUGAGAGCCUGAGGUUGUGCAGUGCUCUACUAAAGCUAGAGGACUACUAAACAGGGAUUGGACGUUUUUCUUGAGCUUAAGAAGAAAAGGAGCUCUGACGUUUGUGAUCCUCAUAGCUCUGUCCAUCAGACUUCAAUAGAGUUUCUAAGAUUUUAUAAGACAGCUGCAAAAGUAUUUUUGCUGACAUUAUUGGUGAAGAGCUGACCAGAAGAUAAAAAGACAAGUUCUCUGUGGUCAAAGGACAUUUCACCCAGGAGAGAAGCCCUACAACACAGGAGUGUAGAAGCCCUACAACACAGGAGUGUAGAAGCCCUACAACACAGGAGUGUAGAAGCCCUACAACACAGGAGUGUAGAAGC